CUUAAAAAUAUUAAAUCUCUAUUUUAUGGAAACUUACCCUCAAGAUAUAUAUGUUUAUGGAUGAAAUUGAAGACGCUGCCGUCAAAUGAGGUGGCUGGUGUGUUGGAUGUUUAAUUCAGCACCGGCAUUGCAUGACAGUUGUUGAAAUAACAAGUGGUUUAUUAUUAGUUUUUUUUUUUUAAACCACGUCUUUAAAAUUUUAGGUUCAGAUAGUUAACAGUAGACAUCGUAAGGGCAAUUACAAGAAAACCAGCAGAAAUCGCAGCCAACAUGUCCGGAGAAGUGCGUUUGAGGCAGUUGGAGCAGUUUAUUUUAGAUGGGCCGGCUCAGACCAAUGGGCAGUGCUUCAGUGUGGAGACGUUACUGGACAUACUCAUCUGUCUUUACGACGAAUGCAAUAAUUCUCCAUUGAGAAGAGAGAAGAACAUUCUUGAAUAUCUAGAAUGGGCUAAACCAUUUACUUCUAAAGUGAAACAAAUGCGAUUACACAGAGAAGACUUUGAAAUAUUAAAGGUGAUUGGUCGAGGAGCUUUUGGGGAGGUUGCUGUAGUUAAACUGAAAAAUGCAGAUAAAGUAUUUGCCAUGAAAAUUCUGAACAAGUGGGAAAUGCUGAAAAGAGCUGAGACAGCUUGCUUCCGUGAAGAGAGAGAUGUGCUGGUAAACGGAGACAAUAAGUGGAUAACCACUCUGCACUAUGCUUUCCAGGACGACAAUAACUUAUACCUGGUUAUGGAUUAUUAUGUUGGUGGGGAUUUACUUACCCUGCUCAGCAAAUUUGAAGACAGAUUGCCUGAAGACAUGGCUCGAUUUUAUUUGGCUGAGAUGGUGAUAGCGAUCGACUCAGUUCAUCAGCUCCACUAUGUACACAGAGACAUCAAACCUGACAAUAUAUUGAUGGAUAUGAAUGGACAUAUUCGUUUAGCAGAUUUUGGUUCUUGUCUGAAGCUGAUGGAAGAUGGAACGGUCCAGUCUUCAGUGGCAGUUGGAACUCCAGAUUAUAUUUCUCCUGAAAUCCUUCAAGCAAUGGAAGAUGGAAAAGGCAGAUACGGACCCGAGUGUGACUGGUGGUCGUUAGGAGUCUGCAUGUAUGAAAUGCUUUAUGGAGAAACACCAUUCUAUGCUGAAUCUUUGGUGGAGACAUAUGGGAAAAUCAUGAAUCACAAAGAGAGGUUUCAGUUUCCACCCCAGGUGACUGAUGUGUCUGAAAAUGCUAAAGAUCUUAUCCGAAGACUCAUUUGUAGCAGAGAACAUCGACUUGGCCAAAAUGGAAUAGAAGAUUUUAAGAAACAUCCAUUCUUUAGUGGAAUUGAUUGGGAUAAUAUCCGAAACUGUGAGGCACCGUACAUUCCAGAAGUUAGUAGCCCAACAGAUACAUCAAACUUUGAUGUGGAUGAUGACUGUUUAAAGAAUUCUGAAACAAUGCCCCCACCAACACAUACUGCAUUUUCUGGCCAUCAUCUACCAUUUGUUGGUUUUACAUAUACUAGUAGCUGUGUUCUUUCUGAUCGGAGCUGUUUAAGAGUCACAGCCGGUCCCACCUCACUGGAUCUUGAUGUAAAUGUCCAGAGGACUCUAGAUAAUAACUUAGCAACUGAAGCUUAUGAAAGAAGAAUUAAGCGGCUGGAACAGGAAAAGCUUGAACUUACUAGAAAACUUCAAGAGUCAACACAGACUGUCCAAGCUUUGCAGUAUUCAACUGUUGAUGGUCCACUAACAGCAAGCAAAGAUUUGGAAAUUAAAAGCUUGAAAGAAGAGAUUGAAAAACUAAGAAAACAAGUAACAGACGUGAACCAUUUGAAACAACAGCUUGAAGAAGCUAACUCUGUGAGGCGAGAACUAGAUGACGCUUUUAGGCAAAUCAAGGCUUUUGAAAAACAAAUCAAAACUUUGCAGCAGGAAAGAGAAGAGCUAAAUAAGGAACUAGUCCAGGCUAGUGAGCGAUUAAAAAACCAAUCCAAAGAGCUGAAAGACGCACACUGUCAGAGGAAACUGGCCAUGCAGGAGUUCAUGGAGAUCAAUGAGCGACUAACAGAAUUGCACACCCAAAAACAGAAACUUGCUCGCCAUGUCCGAGAUAAGGAAGAAGAGGUGGACCUGGUGAUGCAAAAAGCUGAGAGCUUAAGGCAAGAGCUGCGCAGAGCAGAAAGAGCCAAGAAAGAGCUGGAAGUACACACUGAAGCUCUAAUUGCUGAAGCAUCGAAGGACAGGAAGCUCCGAGAGCAGAGCGAGCAUUAUUCUAAACAACUGGAAAAUGAAUUGGAGGGACUGAAGCAAAAACAAAUUAGUUACUCACCAGGAAUCUGCAGCAUAGAACAUCAGCAAGAGAUAACUAAACUGAAAACUGACUUGGAAAAGAAAAGUAUCUUUUAUGAAGAAGAAAUAUCAAAAAGAGAAGGAAUUCACGCAAGUGAGAUUAAAAACCUGAAGAAGGAGCUGCAUGACUCAGAAGGCCAACAACUUGCUCUCAACAAAGAAAUUAUGGUUCUAAAAGACAAAUUGGAAAAAACCAGAAGAGAAAGUCAAAGUGAAAGGGAAGAAUUUGAAAAUGAGUUCAAACAACAGUAUGAACGGGAAAAGGUAUUAUUAACUGAAGAAAAUAAAAAGUUAACAAGUGAACUUGAUAAGCUCACUGCAUUGUAUGAGAGCUUAAGCUUGCGCAACCAGCACUUGGAAGAAGAGGUCAAAGACCUAGCAGACAAGAAGGAGUCAGUUGCCCACUGGGAAGCCCAGAUCACAGAGAUCAUCCAGUGGGUGAGCGAUGAAAAGGAUGCGCGAGGCUAUCUUCAGGCCUUGGCCUCUAAAAUGACUGAAGAAUUGGAAGCGUUAAGAAACUCCAGUUUGGGGACACGCGCAACAGAUAUGCCCUGGAAAAUGCGUCGUUUUGCAAAACUGGAUAUGUCAGCUAGACUAGAGUUGCAGUCAGCGCUGGAUGCAGAAAUAAGAGCUAAGCAGGCCAUCCAGGAAGAGCUGAAUAAAGUGAAGGCGUCCAACAUCAUCACAGAAUGUAAACUGAAAGAUUCAGAGAAGAAGAACUUGGAACUGCUGUCCGAAAUUGAGCAGCUGAUAAAGGACACUGAAGAGCUUAGAUCUGAAAAGGGUAUAGAGCACCAAGACUCACAGCAUUCUUUCUUGGCAUUUUUGAAUACGCCUACCGAUGCUCUGGAUCAAUUUGAAGAUUCCUUUUCUUCUUCCUCAUCCUCACUGAUUGAUUUUUUGGAUGACCACUCCCCGUCCUGUCCUCCAGCUAGCAAAGGCAGACGUACUAAUCCCCUUGACACCACUUACACAUGGAACCUAAGCAUCAAGUUUUACAACCAGUCAAGGUCUCCAUCUCCUUCCACAUCUAGCGAAGCUGAGCCAGUUAAGAUCGCAGACCCUGCUCCGCUUCCCGCUCACACCCCAACGUUACGGAAAAAGGCGUGCCCGGCGUCAGCUGGCUUUCCACCUAAGCGCAAGACUCAUCAGUUUUUUGUGAAGUCUUUCAAUGCCCCUACCAAGUGCCAUCAGUGUACCUCCUUGAUGGUUGGUUUGAUAAGACAGGGCUGUUCCUGUGAAGUGUGUGGAUUCUCGUGUCAUAUAACCUGUGUGAACAAAGCUCCGACUGCUUGUCCAGUUCCUCCUGAGCAGACUAAAGGUCCACUUGGCAUAGACCCACAGAAGGGAGUAGGGACAGCGUAUGAGGGCCAUGUCAGGAUCCCUAAGCCGGCUGGAGUGAAGAAAGGAUGGCAAAGAGCACUGGCUGUGGUCUGCGACUUCAAACUAUUUCUUUACGAUAUCGCGGAGGGAAAAGCAUCCCAGCCCAGCUCCGUCAUUAGUCAAGUGAUUGACAUGAGAGAUGAAGAAUUUUCCGUGAGUUCAGUCUUGGCUUCUGAUGUUAUUCACGCAAGUCGAAAAGAUAUUCCGUGUAUAUUUAGAGUCACAGCUUCCCAGCUCUCAGCACCUAGUAACAAAUGUUCCAUCCUGAUGCUAGCAGACAGUGAGAAUGAGAGAAGUAAGUGGGUGGGAGUGCUGAGUGAACUACACAAGAUUUUGAAGAAGAACAAAUUCCGAGACCGCUCGGUGUAUGUUCCCAAAGAGGCUUAUGACAGCACUCUGCCCCUCAUUAAAACAACGCAGGCCGCUGCGAUCAUAGAUCAUGAAAGGAUAGCUUUGGGGAAUGAAGAAGGAUUGUUUGUUGUGCACGUCACCAAAGAUGAGAUUAUUAGAGUUGGUGAUAAUAAGAAAAUUCAUCAGAUUGAACUCAUUCCGAGGGACCAGCUUGUUGCUGUGAUCUCAGGCCGAAAUCGCCAUGUCCGACUUUUUCCUAUGUCAGCUUUGGAUGGACGAGAGACGGAUUUUUAUAAACUGGCAGAAACUAAAGGGUGUCAAACCAUAACUGCUGGGAAAGUGCGCCAUGGAGCUCUGUCCUGUCUGUGUGUGGCUAUGAAAAGACAGGUCCUCUGCUAUGAACUGCUCCAAAGCAAGACCCGGCACCGGAAAUUUAAGGAAAUUCAAGUCCCAUGUAAUGUUCAGUGGAUGGCCAUCUUCAGUGAGCAACUCUGUGUGGGAUUCCAGUCCGGAUUUCUCAGAUACCCCUUGAAUGGAGACGGGAGUCCAUGCAAUAUGCUCCAUUCAAAUGACCACACACUAUCAUUCAUUACACACCAACCAAUGGAUGCUAUCUGUGCAGUUGAGAUCUCCAACAAAGAGUAUUUGCUGUGUUUUAACAGCAUUGGCAUAUACACAGACUGCCAGGGCCGAAGAUCUAGACAGCAGGAAUUGAUGUGGCCAGCCAGUCCUUCCUCUUGUUGUUACAAUGCACCAUAUCUCUCUGUUUAUAGUGAAAAUGCAGUUGAUAUCUUUGACGUAAACUCCAUGGAAUGGAUACAGACUCUUCCUCUCAAAAAGGUCCGACCUUUAAACACUGAAGGAUCAUUAAAUCUUUUAGGGUUGGAGACCAUUAGAUUAAUAUAUUUCAAAAAUAAGAUGGCAGAAGGGGAUGAACUUGUAGUUCCUGAAACAUCAGAUAAUAGUCGAAAACAAAUGGUUAGAAAUAUCAACAACAAGCGGCGUUACUCCUUCAGAGUCCCAGAGGAAGAGAGGAUGCAGCAGAGGAGGGAGAUGCUACGAGAUCCAGAAAUGAGAAAUAAAUUAAUUUCUAACCCAACUAAUUUUAACCACAUAGCACACAUGGGUCCUGGAGAUGGAAUACAGAUCCUAAAAGACCUGCCCAUGCCAGGUUUCCCUUAUCCAUCCCCUCAUCACCACUCCAGUCUGAUCUCCUCUCCGAGCAACUUUGAGCACAUCUAUCACAUGACUGUCAAUUCUGCUGAACAGUUUCUCUCUCCCGAUUCCAUAAACCCUGGGUGUCCCCCAUCCCUGCGCUCUGCCCCUGGGACACCACACUCUGUGACUCUGAGGAACCCACGUCCUCAGGAAAGCCGGACGGUAUUCAGUGGCUCCGCCAGUAUUCCCUCCAUCACCAAGUCCCGCCCUGAGCCAGGCCGCUCCAUGAGUGCCAGCAGUGGCCUGUCUGCACGGUCAUCAGCCCAGAAUGGCAGUGCGCUAAAGAGGGAAUUCUCUGGAGGAAGCUACAGCAUGAAGCGACAGCCCAUGCCCUCUCCCUCGGAGGGCUCCUUGUCAUCAGGAGGCAUGGACCAAGGGAGUGACGCCCCUGCGAGGGACUAUGAUGGAGAGGACUCUGAUUCUCCAAGGCAUUCCACAGCUUCCAACAGCUCCAACCUGAGCAGCCCCCCAAGCCCCGUUUCACCCCGAAAGACCAAGAGCCUCUCCCUGGAGAGCACAGACCGCGGGAGCUGGGAUCCGUGAGCCCAGGACGGCGGCAGCCGCAGGCAGGGACUCCAAGACCGGACAACGCGCCUGGCAGCAGUGUCCCCUUCCUCGCCACUACAAAGAGGAUCUCUCCGCAGCCAGGCCCGCUUCCCCCCCCCCCCCCCCCCCCCAGGUAGCUUCUGUAGACAGACUGCGCAGACGCAGCGCUCAGAGUAGACUGGUUGUGUUCUCACCGUAGCCCUCACGUAGCACCCAGCAGCCUCCAUGAGCGUCAGCCCGACUGUGGCCAGGGAAAAACCCUCACGAAUUAAAACAAUGCAUAUUUUACUACAAUACAGAGUUUAAAUAAAUACAUAAAUGUAGAAGUUAAAUACUGAAUGUAUAUAGUCAAAGAAGCAUCUUGUGUUCAAUGAAAGAUGGAUGCGUAUAUAAGAAAGAUCAUUUAAUUUAAAGAAAUGUGUUGUUUCUUGUCUGUUUCCCAGCUAAGUCAUAUACAGGGUAGAAAGGCCUCAAGUGACAUUUGUAAAGAGAGAGCAGAAGUCAGGUCCCUGUGGUGUCUGUCCUCAAGCCUGGGCAGGCUGAGGUCACUGGGAAAUCUAAGGGAUGUUUGGAGAUAAGCGCCAUCGUUGCGCUGACCUGUAACCUGGACACCACCAAUGGCAGUGAAGCCGCUCCAGCCACUCCAGAGGCAUGCCCGCCUCUCAAGGCAGUUCUUUAGUGAUCAAUUUGAACAUGUUCUCCCCCCCCCCCCCCCC